CGUCCUAGCGAGUAACCCGGGAGUCCUGCGAGACCAUCGUCGUCGGCCGGCUUGGGAUUUACGCGUAAGCAGCUCAAUAACCGAACCGAAACUGAAACUGAAGACUGAGCCGCGAGUUUAUUAUCCUUCGAGUGCGCCCGGCUAGUGUCUGCUGUGGUUUUUUUCCAGUGUUUUUCUUGCCUUUGUUAUUGUUGUUGUUGUUGCCGGCUUUCGUUGGUGUGUUGUUGGUAAAUUUUUGGUGCCGGUGCCGUUGCCCUUGCCGGUGGUGCGGUUACAGCAGUCCCUUUCCUCGUGUGCGUGCAAUUAGCGGCGGAAUGGCGGCUGCCCCGAGCCGCAAUCGGUGCCGCUCCAAGACAAUGCCGGGAGCGCAACGCCUGCACUUUGUUCUGUUUGUCCUUUUGGGCCUGACACUGGCAACGUUGGCAACCGGAAAUGACGCUAUUUCCGCGCCGAAAUCACCAAAGGACCUGCAGCAGCCAUCACCGAAUCGGCAGCAGGACAUCGAAGAUGAUGGUGCCACCCGAACAGACAAGGACUUUGACUUUGCCGCCUAUGUGAAUGAUUUCAAUUUGCAAGAAGAGGCCACCAUUCCGGAGGACAUAUUUGACCAGCACGAUGGCGACAUCGAGGAUGAGGACCUCGUCUCGCCCCAGAUGCAAUAUGCUCCUGCUCCAUCUGGUGCAGCAGCUCCAUCUGGCACAGACGAAGAGGAGGAGGAGGUCGACGACGACGACGACGAGGAGGAUGCAGGACUUGGCCUGAUGGAGCAUGGGCAGGAGCAUGAUGGAGAGGAGGAUGAGGAUGCAUCCGAGGCAGCUGAUAUUAUACUUGAAUCUCAAAGGCCCACUUCAAGGAAUUUUAGUGUUUACCUGGACCCCAAGAAAUACCAAAACAACAAUAGCAACAAGAAGAGGGCCAAGGAGAAGAAGAACAAUAUAAGCCACUACAACUACAAAUUGAAAAACAAUAAGGAGAACCAGCCGGCGACUAAGGCAACUAAGGCUACCGAUGGCGCAGAAGGCGGCGAAGAAACUCCUCCUCUAGGUGGUACAACGUUCACUUCCGGCGACGAGGACAACGCGAACUUUGGCAGGCAAAGUUUUGCGUAUAAAAAAUUUAAGAACAUGCACGAACAGCAAAAUCAACAGCAGCAUCAGAAGGAGCAGCAGCAGCAGCAGCAGGAACAGGAGCAACAUCAGCUGCCAAAGGAGCAACGGAAGCGUGGCGACGAUGGCCAGCAACAACUACUUGAGGAGUCGCAGCUGUUCGAUUCCAUUGAAAUAUUAAAUGAACGAAAAUUUAAUAAGCCAAACGGCGGCCAGGAGCAGGAGCAGCACGGGGCCAGACAGGUGGAUGAGGCCAUUGGCGAUAUUGAGGACAAUUUGGAUAAUGAUGAAGUAUUGCCAACAGACAACGAUAGCGACGGCGACGACGACGACGACGAUGUUGAUGGAGAAGGCGAUGAGGAGGGGAGCGAGAGCCUGGACAUUAAGUUACCCCAUGACAAUGAUGGAUUGCCCAACAAGAAAAACCCAAGUGUCGCAUUAACAACAGCAGCAACUCCAAAAACAACAACAGAUACAACCACAACCAGAGCCACAGCAACAACACCAACGACUACAACAACAACUUUAACACCAACAACCACCACAAGCAGUUCAACAACCAAAACACCAACACCUACAAUUGGCCACAAACAGAAGCGUCACGGCGGCAAUGUCUUUGGCUUACAGAGGCCAAUACCAUCGGAGAGCAGAUAUUAUGGCAGCAACUAUGAGAUUGGUAGGAUACGGCAGCAGGAACAGGAGGAGGAGGAGGCGCAGCAGCAGGAUAGUGAGGAAGAUCAGGAUUUGAAUUUGGGUGAGAUGCACUACUACGACAAUGGCAACAUAAAGCGGAAGCUGGCCACCUUCGAUACGGCCAGGUCAGAGGAUCUACAGGAGGACAUCUUGGGCUCCUCCACGGCAAGGAAGCUACAGCAGCCGCGUUUCGUGGACGAUGACUAUGCCGAACAGCAGCCGCCGCAGGAAGAGGAGGAGGAAAAGUCCGAGGUGGGACUAAAUGAUGGAAAAUUGAGCACAGCUUGGCAGCGAUAUCAUCAGGACACCACCGAGUCACCAACCUCAGCCCCGGAGUCCGCCUUCGAGCGGUUCAAGGCUCUUCGAAGGAGUCGCCAGCGGACGGGACACAAGAGCCACAAGAAGCGCUACAAGGACUAUUUAAAGCGCCAGCCAGCCGGGACAGCUCCUCCGCCAGAGCCCACGGCCUCGGCUAGACAUCUCCAGAAGCUGCAGAAGGAGAGGCAGAAGGGGAGGGAACGUUCCUUUUCCUCCCACUCACCGCCCAUAUUCGCAGUGGGUUUGAGACCCCAGAAACCGUUUUACGAGGGCCAGGUCAACUACUUUGAUCACCAUCAGCUGGAGCAGGAGCAAGAGCAGCAGCAGCAGCUGGAGGAGGAUCUGAAGCAUCGCACGGAGAUGGAGCGGCUGAUAGCCCACGACAAUGGAAACUGGUAUCGCCGGAUCAGUCCAGUGCUGCGCAAUGGUGUCAAAACCACUGGCGAAAACCAGAAGCAUCAUCACCAGCACCAUCAACACCACCACAGCGGGCACUUGGCUAACCACCAUCACCACCAGCAUAGCCACCACUAUAACCACCAUCGCAGCCAGCACAGUCAUCACCAGAAGGCUACGUCAGGCAGCCUGCGAUCGCGACCCAGCAAUCCCUACCAAAGGAAGCCCGCCCAGAUCUCCCCAGGAGGAGCAAGUGCCACCAGUUCUCCGCCGCCGACGCCGCCGCUGCCGCCACCAAAGCCUCAGCUGGGACACCAGAUCACCGAGUUACAGCACCUAGAGCGCUACUAUGCCAAGUGGCCGCAUCUAGCCCGAGUGCAGUUCCAGGUCUACGACGAGCACUACCGCGAAUCGCACCCGGAGCUGUACAGCGACUACGAGGACGACUACGAGAGCGCCGCCGAGCUGGAGGAGGCCCAGCAGGAACGCGGCGAGGACGCCAAUCUGCCGCCGUAUAUCAAAAAGUACAAUAGGAGGAACAAGCAACUGCUGAACCUGCUCGAAGGCACCCUGCCCACGCCCACCAAUGCCCCGCCGCCACCGGGUAGCAGCACCGAGUCCGGGAUCCGGCUGGACGAUGAGUAUCUAAAGGAGAAGCGGCGUCGCUACCAUCAGCAUCAGCACCAGCAGCGCUUUGAUCUGUUUGCCCAGCAGCGGAGUCACCUGAAUGCCACAGAGACAUCGCCCGUAACCACGCCCACCCUGGCGGAAAGUCACUAUCAGCCUGCGGCCAAGGAGAAGAGCUCCACCAAAGAUGCUAGCUACAUUUACGUGGGCAGUGGCAUGGUCAUAAAGCCGCUCAAGCUCAACGAUGGAGUAUUCAAGGAUGAGGAGUACAAGGACGAGAUCGAGGAGGAGCGACGGACGGCGUCUACAACCACGGCCAGCAAUCAUCUGCCGGAGGAAGAUGUGGCCGCCUCGGAUUCCGUGGAGGAGCACCCAGAUCCGGCGCCCGCCUCCGCCGCUUUGGACUUUUGGCAGCGGGAAAUGGCCAACAAGGCCUCUGCCACGUCUACAUCCACACCGAAGCCGGCUCUGUUCAAGCUACCCUCGUAUCCGGCCAUUGCCGGCAGCUUCCUGGGAACGCCGCGCAGUCGCAGCCGGAGCGCUCAGUUUGUGGCGAAUGUGGCGGGCCGUGGGCAAAACAGUUGGCCCCGUCUGGAGACAACGGUGAAUGCUACGGCCGAGAAGCCAGCCGGAGGAGGAGACAAUCCUCCAGGAGGCGGUGGCGGCGGUGGACGAGGAGCACCAUCGCCUCUGAACUCUUUCGUUUACCAUCGCGUCGUGGAUGACAUCGGCAUGGCCAACGGCAUCGGUGGAGGCAUUGGCUCUGGCCUGGCCGGAAGCAGCAGAGGCAAGCAGUCGCGGCUGCCGUUCGUGGCCAUCACGGAUCGGCGGCUGGACAGGUCGCUGGGCGAGCGACACAAAGACUUUGAGCAGAAUCACUAUCCGAUGCCUUAGGCCGCCGCAGCUGGAUAGGACGUGAGCUGGAGGGUAAUGACAGGCAUAUAUAGCAGGAGGCGCAGUAUCGCUGAGAAGGUAACGGGGGUUGGAAAAGAGAAAUUGAAAAAUUGAGGUCGUAAAGGGGACAUUCUGUUUUAAACUAACAGAGCUUUUAAAAUAUUCAACAAAAAUAUCAAAUUGAAUUGAUUUCAAAAUAUAUUAUUAAAUUGUUUUAUUUAUAAAAAGCGUGAAAAUUCCCAUUACAA